UUACUACAUAAAUAUCCAACGUAGUUUCUCUUCUUAAUUUUGUGCGCAUCUGAAUAUUUUACAUUUAGCAAUGGAACUUCAUUCCAAACACCAAGUGGCCAUUGUUUGGGUGAUGAUGUUCUUACCCGCUGCACUAUGCUACUCUUACGGCUUCACUCCCUCCAGAGCUACCUAUUAUAGUGGCCACGGAAAUCCAAGGGGAGCUUGUGGAUAUGGCUAUUACGGCAUAACUGCAAACAAUGGGAGGGUUGCAGCCGUGUCCAGUAGUCUAUGGAGAGGAGGCGCUGGAUGCGGUGCUUGCUACCAAGUAAGGUGUAAGAAUCCAAGAUUAUGCAACAGCUACGGCACGACGGUAGUGGCAGCAGACUACGGUGAAGGAGACAGAACAGACUUGAUACUGAGUCCAAGUGCUUGGGCAGAUCUGGGACGAAAUCCAGGAGCAUCGCAAGAGCUCAAGAAAUACGGAGUCGUUGACAUCGAAUACAGGAGGGUGCCCUGCAGAUUUGCUGGAUAUAACGUCCGUAUCAAGAUCCACGAGUCAAGCAGAUACCCAGACUAUCUCGCUCUUGUGAUUCAAUACGUGCCUGGAAUGAGCGACGUCACUGCUGUUGAAAUAUAUCAGAAUGAUCGUAGAGAAUGGAGGCCCAUGAGAAGAGCGUAUGGGGCAGUGUUUGAUAUAGUUGGGGCCCCACAUGGACCAUUGAUGCUGAGGCUGCAAUUCAGUGGCAGAACAGGUUGGGUGCAGUCGACCAAGAGUGCGAUUCCUGGUGAUUGGAAGAUCGGAGCGUCCUAUGAUUCUCAGGUUCAUGUCUAAGUAAGAUCCAGCACGAUGAAGAGGGGCCACGUAACCUGUGUGGCUCUGAAGAAUGCAAGCUGUUGGUUUCGUGCGUGUCUUCUAAUAUACAUAUAUACAUAUAUAUAUAUAUAUAUAUAUAUAUAUAUAUAAUAUGUCUACAAGAGGGAAUAAGUUAAAAAAAAAAAAAAGGUCUGUUGGAAUGAAUGAAUAAUAGGGGUUUGUGUAUUUUCCAUUUAUGAUGGAAUUUAUCAAUGAUAAAGCAACCUCUUUGUUUAUGCAU